AAAAAGAAAUAAAAAAGUUUUUUUCUUUGAGUUAUUGGACUCACUUACUUACUUAGAUAUUUUGUGUAACAACUAAAUUAAGUUGGAUUGGAAAACAAAGAAAAGAAAUAAAAAGAAAAGAUUUCUGCACGAAAGACUUCAACAUAGGAAAUUAAAUAAAAAAAAUGUUUCUCAAGCAAUUUGUACUGUUACUAUUUUGCGCACUCAUAACAAAAAUAUCAUCCAGACCACAUUACAUGCUUUCACCAUACGCACACAGAGCUGUUCUCGAGAACGAUGCACUUGAAGAAACGUUUCCAGAUCAUUUUAGAAAUCCUUUCAUGAAAACGCCAAGAGUACGAGUAGCACUAUCACGAUUUAGCAGGCUUCAUCACGGUGAAACUCCCGUUAAGAAUCGAAUUGCUGAUGCUGUUCCACGAAAAGAAAUUUAUAAACUUCUGACGCACGCCGGCUUAGUAAAAAGAAACGAUUUUCCUUAUGCAUA